AUGCAUACAAAAGAAACACUUCCUGUGAACCUUCGAAAGUUCUGGAAUAGGCGGUAUGACCUAUUCAGCAAAUUCGACGAAGGAAUCUACAUGAAUGAAGAACUUUGGUUCUCGGUGACCCCCGAGUCAUUAGCCAAGUACACCGCGCAAUUGUUUGCGAAAUUACUCCCUGAAGCUACAAAGUGUAUUGAUAUAUGUUGUGGUGGAGGUGGUAAUACCAUCCAAUUCGCCCAGUACUUCGAUAGUGUGGGUGCCAUCGAUAUCAACAGCACUAAUCUUUAUUGUACCGAACAUAAUGCGGGAAUAUACGGUGUCCGAGACAAGAUAUGGACAUUACAAGGGGAUUGGAAUGAACUCAGUGCAGAAGUCGGGGGAACUCCGAAUAUGGACUGGAUUCCGAUUGAUUUGAGGGCUGAACCGCUUAACAAGACAUUUGAUUUCAUAUACUCUUCACCGCCAUGGGGAGGCACUAAUUAUAAUCGAGAUUAUUUUGACUUGUACAACAUGGAGCAUUUCCCCAUAGUUCCCUUCUUGCAGCAGAUGAAACAAUAUACUGAUAACAUUGGUUUGUAUUUGCCGAGAAGCCUGGACCUCGAUCAAUUGAGUCAGGCAACACAUGACGUUUUUGGCCCUGGCGAAAAGUGUAGGGUUAUCUAUAUAAAUUUAAAGGGACGCUCCGUGGCAUUAUUGGCAUUGUUUGGGUCUGGAUUCACCAAGAGAUUUGACGAAUUGGAUGAUGAAAUUGGGGAAGCAAUAGCAGGAGGUAGUAACAGCGGGAAGUAG